CCUUGCGCCCCCCCCGCUGCGCUUGGUGGAGAGGAGUGUUCAUGUUCGGUGGUGGAGAGAGUCCUGUUUGAGGUGAUCUGACACACCGAGGGGACGCAGUCAAUGACGGGGCAAACCGAAAAGUGAAUCGGUGUGGCGUAAUCCAAAAACGCCCUCUAAACGCGAGGGUGGCGAGGAGGGACGAAGAGAAAAAUAAGAAAUAAAUCCCUCCCUGCUCUGACAAGGAGGAUAGACUGACCAUUACAUCGCAAAGAUGGGGAACAGGGGAAUGGAGGAUUUGAUUCCUCUGGUGAACCGCAUGCAGGAUGCCUUCUCCGCCAUCGGUCAGAACGCGAACCUGGACCUGCCCCAGAUCGCCGUGGUGGGGGGCCAGAGUGCGGGGAAAAGCUCGGUGCUGGAGAACUUCGUCGGGAGGGAUUUCCUUCCCCGUGGCUCUGGCAUUGUGACUCGCCGUCCUUUGGUUCUGCAGCUGAUAAACAGCCCCACAGAACAUGCCGAGUUCCUCCACUGUAAGGGCAAAAAGUUCACAGAUUUUGAUGAGGUCCGGCAGGAGAUAGAGGCAGAGACUGACCGCAUCACCGGGGCCAACAAGGGCAUCUCCCCUGUGCCCAUCAACCUGCGUGUCUACUCCCCUAAUGUGCUGAACCUGACCCUGGUGGACCUGCCGGGUAUGACCAAAGUGCCGGUGGGCGACCAACCUGCAGACAUCGAGUCCCAGAUUAGAGAAAUGCUGAUGCAGUUUGUCACCAAGGAUAACUGCCUGAUGCUGGCUGUAUCCCCGGCCAACUCUGAUCUGGCCAACUCAGAUGCUUUAAAGAUUGCCAAAGAGGUCGACCCUCAGGGUAUGAGGACCAUUGGUGUGAUCACAAAGCUGGACCUGAUGGACGAGGGGACAGAUGCUAAGGACAUCCUGGAGAAUAAGCUGCUUCCACUCAGGAGGGGUUACAUCGGUGUGGUGAACAGAAGCCAAAAGGACAUAGAUGGCAGGAAGGACAUCAAUGCUGCUAUGGCUGCUGAGAGGAAGUUUUUUCUCUCCCACCCUGCAUAUAGACACCUGGCCGACCGUAUGGGAACUCCCUACCUCCAGAAAAUCCUCAAUCAGCAACUGACCAACCACAUCCGGGACACCCUGCCGGGUCUGCGGGCCAAGCUGCAGAGUCAGCUUCUCUCCAUAGAGAAGGAGGUGGAAGAGUACAAGAACUUCAGACCUGACGAUCCGUCUCGCAAGACCAAGGCUCUGCUCCAGAUGGUGCAGCAGUUCUCUGUGGACUUUGAGAAGUGUAUAGAGGGCUCCGGGGACCAGAUUGACACAGCUGAGCUGUCAGGUGGUGCCAGAAUCAAUCGCAUCUUCCAUGAACGCUUUCCCUUUGAACUGGUCAAGAUGGAGUUUAAUGAGAAAGAGCUCCGCAAGGAGAUCAGCUACGCCAUAAAGAACAUUCACGGAAUCAGAACUGGCCUCUUCACCCCGGACAUGGCCUUUGAGACCAUUGUGAAAAGGCAGAUUGGGAAGAUUAAAGAGCCAUGCACCAAAUGUGUGGACAUGGUCAUUUCUGAGCUAGUCAAUACGGUUAGGCAGUGUACCAAGAAGCUCGCUCAGUAUCCCAUGUUGAGAGAGGAGAUGGAGAGAAUCGUCACCCAGCACAUCAGGGACAGAGAAAGCCGUGCUAAGAACCAGGUGUUGCUGUUGAUAGACAUUGAGUUAUCAUAUAUGAACACCAACCAUGAGGACUUCAUUGGAUUUGCUAAUGAAAUGUGUGUCAAAAGGCUUAUUGUGUUAUUUACUUUUUCUCUGUUUGUCUGUGUCUCUCAGGUGAUAAGGAAAGGUUGGCUGACCAUCAACAACAUCAGCAUCAUGAAGGGAGGAGCCAAGGAGUACUGGUUUGUCCUCACCGCAGAAUCUCUGUCCUGGUAUAAAGACGAUGAGGAGAAGGAGAAGAAGUACAUGCUGCCGGUGGACAACCUGAAGCUGCGUGAUGUGGAGAAAGGCUUCAUGUCCAGCAAGCACAUCUUUGCCCUCUUCAACACCGAACAGAGGAAUGUGUAUAAAGACUACCGUCAGCUGGAGCUGGCCUGUGAGACUCAGGAAGACAUUGAUGCUUGGAAGGCCUCCUUCCUCAGAGCUGGAGUUUAUCCUGAACGGGUCACGGAGAAAGAAGGAAAGAGUGAAGGCAGUGAUGAAAAUGGCUCUGACAACAUAAUGCACAGCAUGGACCCUCAGCUGGAGCGGCAGGUGGAGACCAUUCGUAACCUGGUUGACUCCUACAUGGCCAUCGUCAACAAGACCGUCCGCGACUUGAUGCCGAAGACGAUCAUGCACCUCAUGAUUAACAAUACUAAAGAGUUCAUCAACGCAGAGCUGCUGGCCCAGCUGUACUCGUGCGGCGACCAGAACUCACUGAUGGAGGAGUCUCAGGAGCAGGCCCAGCACCGCGACGAGAUGCUGCGGAUGUACCACGCCCUGCGGGAGGCCCUCGACAUCAUCGGUGACAUCAGCACAUCCACCAUAACCACCACCAUGCCGCCUCCCGUGGAUGACUCCUGGCUGCAGGUGCAGCGGAGUGGCUCCGGAGGAAGGUCUCCAGCCACCAGUCCAACUCCAAACCGCAGGGCUCCACCGGGACCUCCAGGCCGCCCGGUCUCUCGUGGGCCUCCACCUGGGCCUCCUCCCGCUGGGGGACCCCCAGUCCCGUCUCGCCCAGGGGCUUCUCCGGACCCUUACAGUGGGCCACCACCCACCGUGCCCUCCCGGCCUAACCGCGCACCCCCAAGUGUGCCCAGUCGGAGACCCCCACCUUCUCCAACCCACUAGACCUCUGAGCUCCUCCCCCUCUCCAUCUGUCCGUCCCACCUCCAGAUGAGAGGCCAUGGACAACAGUGCCACCUUCCUGUCGUUUUUUGCCAUACCCGACAUGAGCCGGCUCCCUUCUCCUGCUCCUACUUUUCCCUUACAAGUCACGCACACACACAACACACACAUACACACACACACAUACACACCUCUGUUUCACACAGAGACGCAGAAUACUUGAAACACACCUGCAUGACUGACAUACGAACAUGCUGCACCCCUCCCCUCAGAAUUUAAAUAAACUAUUUAGAGAAUAUAAAAUAAAUAAUUGAUACAUUUUUGAGUGUAUGCCCACAUGCGCAUGCACACUGCUUACAUAAAUACACACACAUAUACUGUAUAAAUACAAGCAAAUACAUACAGACUAUGUGUUCCUGCUAUUAAACCUAAGGUGGGAGACGUGCAUACUGAGCAUGACACUUUGCCUGAGUAUUACAUUAUACUCCAGUCUUUCCAAUUGGUAUUCUGGCUGCUGACUGACUUAUUUCUUUCCUCUUUUUAACAUUUGUUUAUCAUAUGUUUCUUUUAUGUUUUUUUUUUCCUGAUUUCUUUAAAAAAAAUUCGGUCACUUGUGUGUUUAACAAAAUAAGGGGGAAAAGGAUCACAGACUCCUCGCUCCCAGAUACCUGGACAGACAGGAGCUGCUGCUCUUCAGUCCCCCACCCCUCCUCCUCCUCCUCCCCUUGCAUUAGGACUGAAGUGAUCAUCAUCUGUUGUAGUAUCCAGAAGGCCUCAGUGUCACUAAAUUCACCUGGGUCAUAACUUUCUUGUUUAGUAGAAUCAUGAGUGGACAGCCAAAUAGUUCACAUAACUGUGUCACAACCACCUCUCGAAAACGCUGUUGUCUGUGCUUCCACACAACCUAUGCAACAAUGAAAAUUGUUUCCCAAUCCUUUUCUCUUUUUUUUGCCUCAAAGAGGCCCCUCCAAUGGCCCUUUUCCCACUUUCCUCCUCAUUACAAAAACUUUGUCAAUGUGUUAUCUUAUUGAGGCGGGAUCUAAAUAGAAAGUGCAAUAUGUGGAAUAUCAUUCUGCAGACAGUUGCAUGACACCAGUCACACAAUAAUCAGAGUAUAUUUCAACUGAGAAGAAGUGAAUCUGUGGCCUGGGUGUCUUGCACCCAGAGACUGUUCGAUAGCUCCUCAUACAUCCUUUUUAUUCAGAGGGAAUGAGGUCCCUAAUAGGAAAGGUUUCAAAUAUUUGGAGUGUGUUUCUAAGUCAGUUCCAAUCACAUUAUGCAUCAAAUCCUCUGAUAUACUGACUGGGAAAACUUUUAGCAUUUUAUCCAGGUUUAUGAUCAGCAUGUAUUUAUUUUCUGUUUGUUUUUUUCUUCUUUUCUUCUUUCUCAGUGGCCACGUGGGUGAGUGAGAACAUGAAAACAGCCACAGUCUAUGCAUAAAACUAUCAAAACACUCCUCCUGUUUCCCCCUCACAUUGCUGUCUGAGAGCCUGUGAGUUCAACCGUUCUUUUCAGCUGUUCUGCAACUGAACUUUGCUGUCAGUGUGAUGUGUUGUAUUUUGACCCCAAACAAAAAUAAGCAACCCACCAGCCACAAAAACCCGUCUCUGAACCUAAAGUGAUGUCAUUUUAACCAUUUAAAAAAACACUUCAGUGACCCCUUGUGCAUCUUAGUACUCCACGACUGCAACGCAAACACAACAAAGCAUAUUCUACUUAUUAUUUAACAGUAAAUAUGGACAUAUCUUAAUGUGUUAUUAUGUAUAUGUGUGGUGCAUCUUAUGAGAAUUGUACUUCCACUGUCUAGAGAAUUUAGUCUGCUGAAUAUUUAAAUUAUUAUGAAUAAAUGACUAUGUGUAUAAGGAAAUAUUUGAAAAACUUAUAAAAAUGUGUAAUGCAGUAUAUAUAUAUAUAUAUAUGGACAUUGCCAGGUUGUUUGAUACUCUAGCUGGUAGCAGAGAGGUUUUUGUUUAGUUUUUUCUUGUUUCUCUCUAUGUGUAGAAGAGCAGAAAGGGACAGUGUGAAUGUGUGAAGUCCUGCAACAACCAGGUCCUGUGUCUUGUUUAAACUGCUGUGGACGGAACGAUGACUUUACGCUGCAGGACUACUGUGCUUUGUCAACACAUUAAAAACCUCUGUGUACUGAAA